AUGAUAUCGAAAAUAUCCCCUAUGGACAUUAAGGCGCCAAAUGUGAAUGCAGCUGAGGAUAAUAAUGAAAAUUUGUUUCCUACUUUCGAUAUUAAAAGUAUGGAAACGGUUUCUUCCACAGUACCAAAUAUUACAAAUGAUGAAAUCAUAGAUAUUAUUGAUAUUACUGCUGAUGAUGAUAUAACACUUGAAAACUUCCAAGAUCAUGAAAAAACUAUACUGAACGUCGAUAAUGAUGAAAUAAAUAAUAUUACUAACAUAAGUAAUACAGAUGAAGAUUUCCCUAGACAAUUUUCAUGUGAUACUAAAUUGAUUGAUAAUGAUCUUCAAAUUAAUAAUUUUCGUACUAGUGUUCAAAAUAAAUAUAUUGAACUUAUUACUAUAUCGGACAACAGCGAUGAUGAAAAUACAUCAAAUCAACAAUCUAUUAAAAAACCAAAUAGUUUUAAAUCUGUAUCCAAACGACAAGUUAUUUCUACAACAGGUAAAACUAAAGCACCAUAUUAUCGUUAUUUGCAUAACCGUAAUAGAAAAUGGGAAGAAAAAAAUAAUAGAAAGCUACGACCCAUCAUCAUUGAUGGUUUAAACAUUGGACACGCACAUGGAUUAGGGACGUUUUCAGUGAAAGGCAUUGAAAUCUGUAUAAAAUUUUUCACGGAUCGAGGGCAUAAAGAUGUGUUAGCGUUCAUUCCAGUCCAUCAACGGGGACCACCUGGGUCUGAAAGGAAAACCAUGUUUGACAAUUUAUAUAAUAAAGGACAAGUUUGUUUUACUCCCAGCAGAAAGAUAAAUAACUUAAGGAUGACAUGCCGCGAAGACCGAAUGAUGCUCGGAUAUGCCAAUAAAUGUGAUGGAGUGGUUGUUUCAAAUGAUAACUUUCGGGAUUUAUAUGAUGAAAAUGAAGCAUUCAAAGAAAUUAUUGAAAAGAGAUUAGUAAUGGUUACGUUUGUCAAGGAUGACAUAAUUGUUCCAGAAGAUCAAUACAACGGAAGAACGAAAAUCCUGUAUCUUUCGGAUAUUUUAUGUUUUCCAGAAUAA